AUGUUGUUUCCAGGUUCAAUUACCAACCCCAUUAACGCGGGUCUACCAAAUAUCACAGUAGCCAACUCAUCCAAUCCCAGUCAUUGCCAAACGUCUUUAGUUGGACCGAUUGGCAGCCCUCCAAACGGUGGAAGUGGAGCAGUGCUUCAAAAUGGAGGUCAAAGCCUAUCCAUCCCCAACAACAGUGGACUCAACAGCCUAAACACAAUAUCCGCCGCCCUGCCCUACAGCAAUAGCAAUGGCCCUAAUGGCACAUUGCAUGGCAGCAAUGGAAACGGGGGAAGCCAAAGCGGGAACGGCUCAUCGCCACCUGUUGUUGGCAGUGGUGGAGACGGACCUUCGUUGAAUGUGGGUGGUACUGGGGGAUCUGGUAGCAGCGCCGGUGCCGGUAGUAAUAGCAGUGGAUCAGGAGCCGGUGGUGGUGGAUCCUGUGGUGGAUCAGGUGGAUCCGGCGGAAGUGGCAUUGGAAAUUCUGCUCCCACGCAGCAGCAUUUGGUUCAGUUUGAACCACCCCCUCGACCUGGUCGCGGCUCCGAGGGUCGGUGCAUCAGUCUUCGGGCAAAUCACUUCGAAAUUCGUGUACCCAAAGGAUUUUUACAUCACUAUGAUGUAUCCAUCACUCCUGAAAAGUGUCCACGUCGAGUGAACAGGGAGAUAAUCGAAACUAUGGUGAAUUCCAUGCAUUAUCAGAAAUAUUUCUACAACCAAAAGCCAGUUUUUGAUGGUCGUCGGAAUAUGUACACUCGUGAUCCACUUCCGAUUAGUAAAGAGAAAGUGGAACUGGAAGUCACACUACCCGGAGAGGGAAAGGAUCGCGUAUUCCGUGUAGCCAUCAAACAUGUGUCGGAAGUGUCUCUUUUUGCGUUGGAAGAAGCAUUGGGUGGUCAUAUUCGUCACAUUCCAAAUGAUGCUGUGAUAUCACUUGAUGUGAUAAUGCGGCACCUACCUAGUAUGAGUUACACUCCAGUUGGCCGUUCGUUUUUCCAAAAUCCCGAUGGUUACGAAAAUCCUUUGGGCGGUGGUCGUGAAGUCUGGUUCGGUUUUCAUCAAAGCGUCCGUCCAUCACAGUGGCGUAUGAUGCUGAACAUAGAUGUAUCGGCCACCGCCUUCUACAAGGCGCAGUCGGUGAUCGAUUUUAUGUGCGAGGUGUUGGAUAUAUCAGAUAAAAGUGAACAACGGCGUCCACUCACCGACAGUCAGCGUGUCAAGUUCACAAAGGAGAUCAAAGCUAACCCUGCCUGA